CCCGUCACAUAUAUGUGACAUAUACAUAUUGUAUUCCGUGCGAUCCUACCCCUUGAACGCGAGGUAGGUGCCUGGAUGCAAUAUGCAAGGAGACAAGCAGCACAACGCUUCUCCGUACAAUUUUUACAACGACUUUGACUAUGGAUACGGUGGCAGCGUGUCCACUGACAACGAGGACAAUUAUGACGAUGGGGCCGAGGAUGAAUUCGUGCUCUGGGACUCGUUCAAAUGCACCGAGUCGCCACCACGGACGGGCUCGAUGGUGGAAAAACGGGGCUACGAGGCACUCCUACAGGUAAUCAAGAGCAUCCUCUACGGCCUCCUGCUGGUCGUCAUCCUCGCGGGUAGCGUGAUCGCCAAGUCGAGCGCCCUGUUCGCGACGUCCCAGCUGAGCGGUCGGAGCGUGCCUUACUGCGACCAGUACCCUGGACGCGAUCCCCGCGAAGAACACCGAUACGAGUCGAGUAUCGCCGAGGACGAUCGCAUGCCCUGGGUCUGGUGCAUCAUCUACGCGUUUUCGGUACCGGAGGCCCUCAGUUUUGUCGGCUUCAUCUGGAACUCGUUCUUCUACAGCAUAAAAUUCCCCAAGCUCCGAUACAUCGGGCUGUUGACCCUCGUCGAGGUCUUGCACACCAUCGGCACGGCCACCUUGUUUUUGCUCGCCAUUCCCAAUCUCGAUGUGAUGCAAGGAGCUGCGGUGCUCACCUGCAUCUGCAUCGCUCCCAAUGUUUUAGGUUUUUUGACCAAGUACGGCGACUCGAAACAAAAGCCCCUGCACUUUUACACGGACGUAGGUGCCUUUUGCUGCCAACUGCUGGGACUGUGUGUCUUUACUUAUCUCGCGUCACAGGGCCAACAGUCCUCCGCGUCCUGGACUCUGCCCAUAGCUCUCCUGCUGACUUCUCUGCGCUGGUGGGGAAACUACGUCUCGAGCAACAGCCAUUUCGGCUUCAUCCGCAGUCUCGGGUUGGCCCGCCGAAACCUGCAAGCUUUCCGGCCGGUGUUGACCGGCUACUCGGCUCUGCUUCGCGUAACGACGUUCGUGCUCACCGCCCUCGUGAUAACGACGAGCCGGGGCAUCGCCGCCAAGACCUUUUUCGAGGGUUUCAACAUGAAAUCGUACAACUACAUGGUAUCAUCGGCUAACCGGACUAAUGAAAGCCUAGGAUUGUUCAAGGAGACGACUGCCGACACCGACUGGAUACCCCUGAAAGUCCUUUUGAUCAACGCGAUCGCCGGGAUCUGCGUCUACAGCAGUGCAAAGUUCGCCUGUAAAACGCUGAUGCAGGGCGUGGGUUUCGCUCUUCCCCUGAACUUGUCGGUGCCGCUGACGGUAGUCCUCCUCUGGAUCGCCUGUGGACUGCGAGUCAUCAACGAGUGCUACUUCCACGAAGUCCUGCCAGACGGUCUGUUCUUUUCGUCACCGGCCACGACGAUGUACGAAUACGCCACCAAGUGGUACAGCUACACGUGGCUGUUGUGCCUGUUCUCGCAGAUCUGGAUAACCCGGCAGGUCUGGCACUUUGUCAACCAGAGACUAGCGACGACCGACAAGCUGUUCUCGGUCUCGUCGUACGACGCCCUCGCGCUCGACCAGUCGCUCGCCCUGAGCAGGUGGCGGCGGGAACCCGAAGACGACGAUUACCUCAAGACGGUGGACGAGUUCACCGACGCGAGGGAACUCGAGGAGGAGGAGGACGCGGCCACCGUCAGGGAGGAGGACAAGGUCACGAGGCUCUACGCUUGCGCGACCAUGUGGCACGAGACCGCCGAGGAGAUGACGGACUUUUUGAACAGCAUUCUCAGGCUCGAUCGCGACCAGGGUGUCAUGAGGGCCCUGAAGAAGAGCUUGCGCAUCAGGUCGCGCGACUACUACGAACUCGAAGUGCACGUGUUCUUCGACGACGCGUUCAAGUGCAUGCACGAUUGCGUGGGCCGGUGCAUGCACGACGAGAACAAGACGCAGGUGAACGACUGGGUGAUGGAGUUCGUCAAGACGGUGGAGAAGUGCGUGAGGGCGCGCAACAUGCGACCGAUGGCCCCUAUCAAGUACCCGACGCCUUACGGCGGUCGGCUAGUCUGGACUUUGCCCGACAAAACGCCCCUGUACGUCCACCUGAAAGACAAGAACCGGAUUAGGACUCGCAAGCGCUGGAGCCAAGUGAUGUACAUGUACUACCUUCUGGGCUACCGGCUGAUGGAGCUGCCGGUGACGAUAGAGCGCAAGAGCGCGAUCGCCAAGAACACGUACCUACUGACCCUAGACGGCGACAUCGACUUCAAGCCCUCGGCCGUGAAGACGCUCAUCGAUCGCAUGAAGAUCAAUCCGGACCUCGGCUCGGCCUGCGGACGUAUACACCCGUUGGGUAAGGGCCCACUCGUGUGGUUCCAGCAAUUCGAGUACGCCGUCGGCCAUUGGCUGCAAAAGUCCACCGAGCACACGAUCGGCUGUGUACUCUGUAGUCCUGGGUGCUUUGCUCUGUUCAGGGCCAACGCGCUAAUGGACCACAACGUCAUGAGAAAGUACGCCUCCGUGCCGGAGGAGGCCAAGCACUACAUACAGUACGACCAGGGCGAAGACCGGUGGCUCUGUACCCUCAUUUUGCAACAAGGCUACAGAGUGGAGUAUUCUGCGGCUAGCGACGCCUACACCCACGCCCCGGAGGGCUUCAACGAGUUUUUCAUACAGAGGCGCCGGUGGAUACCCUCGACCAUUGCCAACAUCAUGGAUCUGCUCGAAACGUCAGAGGCGACGAAAAAGGCCAAUCCGGAUAUUUCGUCCAUCUACAUAUUCUACCAAUGGAUUCUCAUGGGAAGUACGAUAUUGGGCCCAGGUACGAUAUUCCUCAUGUUGGUGGGAGCCUUCGUCGCUGCGUUUAGGAUCGACAACUGGACGAGCUUCUACUACAACCUCUUGCCGGUCCUGCUGUUUUGCUUCAUCUGUUACUUUUGCCGAGAAAAAAUUCAACUCGCAGUCGCCGCCGUGAUAACAGCGCUGUACGGCCUGCUGAUGAUAGUCGUGCUGGUCGGCAUAAUGAUCCAGAUCUCGGAAGACGGCUGGCUAGCCCCGACCACCGUGCUCUUCCUCGCUGUGAUAUUCGAGUUCCUGAUAACUGCCCUCAUGCAUCCCCAAGAGUUCGGUUGUCUCAAGUACGCCUGCAUCUAUUACGUGACCGUGCCCUCCAUGUACCUGCUGCUCAUCAUUUUCUCGCUCUUCAACAUGAACAACAUCAGCUGGGGCACGAGGGACUCGCCCAAACCACCCCCGAGCCCCGAGGAACUUGAGCAGCAGAAGAAGAGCCAAGCGAAGAGCGCGCACGCGAAAGCCACCAACCGAAGGGAAACAGGAGCCGUGGAGUUCUCCCUGGCCGGGCUAUUCAAGUGCAUGCUGUGCACCCGGGACCAGACGCGCGAAUACGAAAGCGACUACAAGGAGGUAACGACGGCGCUCCUUAAAAUCGACAGCCGGCUGGAUGAGAUGGAAAAUGGCUCUCGGAAUCUGCGGGACGUGAACCAUCAUCACCACCACCACCAUCGCAAAAGUAGCUUGGACGACGGGGGCUCCUCGAGCAACCCAGUUGGUCGCCGGGUCGAGUUCGUCGAUGGGCUGAAGGACAAGGACGAAAGCAGCACGAGCUCCGAGUUCGACGACAGCGACUUUGACGCGGACAGCGUGAGCGUGAGGAGCAUAGCUCAGGAGAGCGACAACUUUUUGGUGUCGCCGAAUUGGCUGCACAGCAACGAUCUGGGCAAGGGCGAGGUCGAGUUUCUCAAGUCGGACGAGGAGACCUUCUGGAAGCAGUUCAUCAGCACCUACCUCGAGCCCAUCGAUAAGGAUCCCAAGCGCGAGGCCGAUAUAGCGAAGAAGAUACUAGACCUGAGGGAUCAGUACAUCUUCAAGUUCUUCAUGAUAAACGCGCUCUUCGUGCUCAUCAUAUUCCUGAUGCAGAUGCAAAAGGAGCUGAUACACUUGCGGUGGCCCUUCGGGGUCAAGUACAACAUAACGUUCGAUAGCGAAGCCACCGAAGUACACGUAGACAGCCAAUACCUGCGCCUGGAGCCCAUAGGCUUCGUCUUUAUUCUCGGCUUCCUUUUGGUCCUGCUCAUACAAUUCGUGGCCAUGCUCUUCCAUCGCUUCGACACUUUCUCGCACAUCAUGGCCAAGGUCUCCCUGGACUUUUACUGCUGCGACAAGACGAUGUACCUGUCCGAGGAAGCAAAGACCGAACGGCUCGCCGAGAAGAUAAUGCGCGAGCUGCAGCGCGACAUCGACAACGACACCAAAGCAAACGGCCACCGCAACACCCUGCCGCCGAGGAAGCGCAUGACCAUCCACAACAUAGCCGACAACAAGGACAAACACGCGUACGCCAAAUCGUUCGGCACCGAGCUCCAGAAGAACUUGAACGCUUCCGGAAAGACUGGUGAAACUGGCAUGAUGCUGUCGAAGCGAUUGUCGCGCGUGCUGCAGAGGAGACGGACCGUCGUUUUGGCCGAGCGUCAAAACGAAAAACAACAUCUGCAACAACAACAGCAGCAGCAGCAGCAGCAGAGACAACCCGAGCCCGAGAAAAUUUACGCGAGUACCGAGGCAAAUAACGAGUCGAGGCAGCGUCAGCCUGAGCGCAAUCACGCGUACGAGAACCCGGGGUUCGCCGACGAUGAGUUUUUGAAGGAGGAGAGGAUUUGAACGGAUGAAAUGUGCUGCUGUUGUUGUUAUUUUUUUUUUUUUUUUUUUACAAAUACAUAUUGUGUGUUGUACUCAUUAUCGAGUUCGCGUAUAGUGAGAUGUGUGGGCGUGUACAAGAUUUUUUUAUACGUAUACAUGUGGCAAUAAGAUCGACCGUUGUUGUGA